AGAACUAUAUAUUACAGGUGUACCGUGACUCCAUCAUAAUAACAAUGAAGGGGAAUGAAUUUGCACUAAGUAGUAUCUUAACUAUCUUCACAAUCAUUGAUCUAUCGAGUAACAUGUUCUAUGGAAAAAUUCCAGAAACACUUGGAACCUUGAAGUUUCUUCGAGUGCUCAACCUUUCCCAUAAUAGUCUAACCAGCCAUAUCCCAUCAUCAUUGGCAAAUUUGACAGCACUUGAAUCCUUAGAUCUCUCUUCAAAUAUGCUCACUGGAGAAAUUCCAAUGAAGUUAACAAGUCUAACAUUUUUGGCUGUGUUAAACCUUUCACAAAACCUGCUUACUGGACCUAUACCUCAAGAAAAACAAUUUGGUACGUUUCAAAACACCUCAUAUGAUGGGAACCCAGGACUGUGUGGAUUUCCCUUGUCAAUGAAAUGUAGCAGUGAUGAGUCACCGCCACCAAGACCAUCAAUAGUCCAAGAAGACAAUGGUUCAAUGUUUGCAAGAGGAUUUGGUUGGAAGGCUGUGUUAAUUGGCUAUGGAUGUGGCUUGGUGUUUGGAUUAGCUGUGGGAUAUGUUGCUUUUAAAACAGAAAAACCUCAUUGGCUUGUAAGGUUUGUUGAAGGAGAACGAAAUGGAAAGACGAGAAGGCCUAAUAAUAAAAGACUUGGGCGAAGAAGAACUUAAUGCAUUCAAGGGUGGUCUUAGGUAAGUAGAAAGUGACGAAGACCCUAUUCUCUACUAGCAGUGAGAGAAGAUUGUGAGCCUUUAAAUUACAUCAGGGCAUUCGAAUGGUGGCUAAUGAGGGGUGGAACAUGCUUGAAUGAAUUAAGGUGCUAUUUUCUUCUUCUUAGGAUAGAUAUGUUCAACUUUUA